AUGCACCCUUCUAAAUUCCUCGAAUUCGCAUCCUAUCUUGGAUUGACUCACGGUGCCUGUGAUACAAAUGUUACAAUAUCUGGGCUGGGUGCGGCUGCUGAUGGACAACCUGCUAUCGAUCGUGAAAUCGCUCUCUUCUCAUUCGGUGGAUCAUCAUGUAUACCCAAUACCACAGUCCACACUCAAGAUAUCACCUAUAGCCACAUCAGCAUCCGUAGUUCCUCUCACUCAGACUGGUACAGUUACUACGGUUUCCCAACCUUCGACCUAUCCUCCCACUGCGAUAUUCAAAGCUCCGGCGUCCCCCUCCGAGAAUUCGUCCAAACGGGCCACUUCACCUGGGCCUUGAUCCCCGAACAGAAAAUCACAAACAUCGUUUGCGAAAUGACCCCGCAUACCUUGGUCAAUUUCAUCGGUCGGGAUAGAGAUGGAACCCAGACUUUCCGUACGGAAAAGGUGCUGGGUAAUUCGGAGCUGGCUUUUAGUUUCGAUUCAGAUACCGCAUCUACAAUCCAUCAACUCGAAUCCGUCUAUCCUAAUUUCAACACCUGCAAAAUCUCAAACGGGAAAAAUAAAUUCUCCUUCACGAAAACGGAUCGUGGAAUUUAUACUAUUGAUCCACCUCAGUCUAAACUGAAAGUUUCGUGUCCAGAUUUGGCUUCUUAUCCGUGGAAGGGAGCUUCGAUGCCGAAGAUGUAUGUUCAGAGUUCGUCAUGA